AUGUCUCUAUUUCUAACUCUUCAGGCCCGCCACUACAACGCGAAGGAACGUGCCGGUCUCAUCCCCUCAAUAGUUCUACAAGAGCGUCGUAAGGCCUUUGCUCAGAGUGCACCAGAUCCGGAGGAUAUCACCUACAAAAUGCUGGGUUGUCGCCUCGGAGGGAGGAGAAAGAAGAAGGUCAGUUGGUCAGGCAGGUGUAGUUACAUUCGUCUCUGUAGCUGUUCAUUCAAGCAGUUACUCAGCUAA